AUGAAGGGCAGAAGUUUUCUAGCCAUUGUUUUAGCCAUGGCUAUUACAGUUCUCGCCAAAAUGACAGAAGCGAGAACUUUAAAUUCGAGCAUCGGUACACAUCAAUCAAAGAUAAAUAGCACAAGCCAUUUGCAGUUUGACAAAAUUAAGGGUGUAUCCGUUGGUGGAUGGUUAGUGACAGAGCCGUUUAUAUCGCCUUCGCUUUUUUGGUCGGCUAUUCAUUGGUCUCAAGGCAGUGCGAGAUCAAAUGUCAGUAUUGUUGAUGAAUAUACCUUGUGCCAGGUCUUGGGCCAGGAAAGAGCAAGAGUGUUAUUGCUGCAACAUUAUAAAACCUGGAUAACAAGGAAUGAUAUCCAGGAAAUAAAGAGACACGGGUUCAAUCUUGUUCGGAUUCCUAUUGGGUAUUGGGCGUGGAAGAAGCAAGGCACCGUUGAUCAAUAUGUUAACAACAUUACAUUUUAUGACCCUUAUGUUGGUGGCCUACAGUUAGACUACUUCGAAAACGCACUAAGGUGGUGUAAAGAAGCUGGACUAAAGGCCUGGAUAGAUUUACACACGGCACCCGGAUCGCAAAACGGUUUCGAUAACUCUGGACAGCGUCUCCUAAACGAGGACUUGGGUUGGUUGGCAAAGAACACCACAAAAGAGCUAACGCACGCAAUACUAAGAAAUAUCUUCGAUGAGUACGUAGACGGCAAAUGGAAGGAUGUCAUAGUUGGUGUAGAAAUUAUCAACGAGCCCAUGGGCCAUAUUCUUGGCAUUGAAAACGUCAUAGAAUUUUAUAAUGAAACCAUCAAUGACUACCUAGACACAGGAAAGAAAACACCAUUGGUCAUACAAGAAGCCUUCCAAGAUGUCGGUUUUUGGAACGAUUACUGGAAUGACACUAAACUGACAAUAUAUGUUGACCAUCACCACUACGAGGUAUUCUCCUACGACCAGCUUUUGAACGAUCAAUUCACCAGGUUGACGAACAUCAUGGAGUAUGGAGAGGCCCUAGAGAAGGAACAGAGCGCCCACGGUUCUAUCGUGGGCGAAUGGUCCGGAGCAAUUACAGACUGCGCGACCUGGUUAAACGGGCUUGGCAUCGGUGCAAGGUACGACGGAACCUACUACAAGACUGUCAAUUCCAGUCGCGAGCAUAGAUACAUCUUGGGCGCUUGCCAAUCCCAUAAAGACAUAUCGUUAUGGGAUAGGGAGUACAAAAUGCAGGUCCGCCAAUUCAUCGAGGCCCAACUAACAUCCUUCUCAGCGAAUAGCAAAGGCUGGAUAUUCUGGAACUGGAAAACUGAAAGCGCGCCGGAAUGGGACUACUUGAAACUUGUCACCCAUGGCGUAUUUCCUCACCCCUUCGACAACUUGACUUAUUUCAACUCCGAUGGCAGCAUGGGCACCGUCCUAACCAGCUCUCUUGAAAGUUCCAGAAACAACAGAAUAAAAUACAACGCCCAUGCAAGCAGCUCCGCAGCUCUGGGACCGACCGGUAUAGCCUUCAACGCUAUAAAAUUGCUGAUGCAAACCGCCUCCAAAUUUGUGACUGUUCUGCUUUUCGUCGUCACGGCACUGGUAGCGUUCUAA